AUGGCGUCUCUAGAGUGGACCGCCGACCCACGACGCCAGACCACGGGAGCCCCCAUGGUGCUACGGCGGGUUGUGGACGCCGUCUCCUACGUAGCGGCGCUUCUUGUCCGCCCAGUCGGGUGCCAUAUCUCGACGACCAAAGGUGGUUUAAAGCUGGUGGACGAAGAGGUCUUGGUGUUUCCGGUUUCUGUUAUGUACAUGAUGAGAGGGUUCCUGGGCUGGGAUUUGAAAAGGAGGUUGCAGCUCUGGAUUCGUGCCCUCAAGGCAAAGCAGCGGGUCGUUCUCUAG